AAAAAAAUUAAACUCAACUUACCCGCCAAGCGUCAUUUAGUAAUGAUAGAAGCGUUUGGUAAUUUUAAUUUGUGCCGUUAUAUACACGACCUGUUGAUAUACGGGUGCGACCCCCGGGACUCCCAUCUACACGUUGGCCAAGUGGUGGACUGCGGCGACGCCGCACACGUGUCGACCACUAUUGGCCGCUGUUUUCGGCCGUUCGUAAUGUUGGAAGUGAUGUCAAAACAGGGCAACUCUUGGCGACUGCCCGACGACCAGGCAUUUCCUAUAGGUUUGCCCGAAACUAUGGUCGUUAACUUAAUGACCCACUUUCACCACUCGGACCCCGCAAUAUGGGGCCGACAGCUCGAGUGGACGGUACGUUUAUGGCACUCGGACCCGGUGCGACCCAAAGAGUUGCAAAUGUUGGUUAUGGGCGUGAAUUUUGACGCCGGUUUGUUAAUACCCGCCGGACGCAAACGGUUCGUGAACGCCGGCCACUGCGGUGGAAAGUGUUUAAACAGGCACAACAUUCGGGAUUUGCACGAAUUGGCACCAGUGGUGUUGGCCCGGGAGGUGCACAUCGAACCGGACGAUACGUUAACAGUCGAGUGCACGUACGACAGCACCCGAUAUAAUCGGACCAAAACUAUAUUAUACUCGGUUUCUAGACCUGAUGAUGAAAUGUGCAACGUGGCUCUAUACACCCACCCGGCUGUCUAUCAUGAUCAUAGUCACCUCUGCUUAUCCGGUCACGGCCAAGAUUUUUUGCGCCGAAUAUCUGGCUUUGAUAAUUGCACAGGGUAA